GCUUUCAUUCCACUCUUCUACAUUUUCCCUCUUUCAUCAGCAAACAAAGCUUAGCUCUAUACAAGUCUUUAUAUAUAGUUUCAUCAAUUCUUCGACUUCGAUCCAUAUCACUAAAUUAGUAAUCAAAAUUAAUUAACACAUACCAUGGAAAAUCACUUUCCAAAGUUCUUAGAGUCUCAGCAGCCAUCAACCUUGAAGCGCAGACACCUUACAAGUUCUGAGUCCUUCACAAAAUGGUUUAGAAAUGUGAGAAACGCUCAUAAUGAUCUUCAACGAAUGAGUAAUGCAAGAACUGCCGUGCUAAGGGGUUGGGAUGGCAGUUUGGCGUCACCAAGGUGUGGCUUUCGUGGACAGGUAGAGGCGUCAAGCCUCAGGCUUGAGCGGUUCAAGGUUCGGACCGUGGAGACGGAACAGGUUGUUAAGCAGGACGACGAAAGCAAGUGACCAAAAAUGUUGCAGCAUGGAUGAUGGAUAUAUAUGUAAAGUAUAUCAAAGCAUCUAAGAAUGUAUCAAUUGGAACAAGUUCUUUAUAUUUUUCUCCUUUGAUAAAUUUUAAAGUGAAUU